UCCAGAACCACCUCAAAGUUACUGUUACUCUUAAUCAGUAUCUCAAGUUCUACAAAUACUCCUGCUUUAAAAGCUCAGUGAGAAGAAGGAGAUCAAGAGCACGAGAAAUGGCAGGAAGUGGAGUGUUCGCAGAGAUCAUAGAGGGUGAUGUGUACAUGUAUUACUCAGAUGGUGAGUGGAAGAAGUCUUCUUCAGGGAAAAGUGUUCCUAUAAUCAACCCCACCACCCGCAAGACCCAUUUCCAGGUCCAAGCUUGUAGUCAAGAAGAGGUGAACAAAGUCAUAGAUGCAGCAAAAACAGCACAAAAAUCAUGGGCAAAGACCCCUUUGUGGAAAAGAGCAGAAUUGCUUCACAAAGCUGCAGCAAUAUUGAAAGAGCACAAAGCACCCAUUGCAGAGUGCCUCGUUAAAGAGAUUGCUAAACCAGCCAAGGAUGCAGUGACCGAAGUUGUUAGGUCAGGAGAUUUGGUGUCAUACUGUGCUGAAGAAGGGGUGAGGAUUCUUGGAGAAGGGAAGUUUCUGGUUUCUGAUAGUUUUCCUGGCAAUGAGAGGACCAAAUAUUGCCUCACUUCAAAGAUUCCAUUAGGUGUUGUUUUAGCUAUCCCACCCUUCAACUAUCCUGUCAAUUUGGCUGUUUCAAAGAUUGCUCCCGCACUUAUUGCUGGAAACUCCAUCGUGUUGAAGCCCCCAACCCAGGGUGCUGUAGCUGCAUUGCACAUGGUGCAUUGCUUUCAUUUGGCUGGCUUCCCCAAAGGCCUUAUUAGUUGUGUUACAGGAAAAGGUUCUGAGAUUGGUGACUUCCUUACAAUGCAUCCAGGGGUUAACUGUUGGGAAAUUAGACGCCACUAA